GUGAUAGAUGCGAAUUGUCCAAGACACCGCUCGACGCCAUGCUCCACCAAGAGCAGCCCCACAAGCAGAGGUCCAGGGAGCGCCAUCGCCACCACCACCACCACCAUCGUCCUCGCAGGUCCGCAGAGCUUCCCGUCCAGUCUUCCAGGGUCGAGCCAGCUCUGGGCCACAAUGCUAGUGUCACCGAUGAGGGGCUGCAGGCAGAGGGCAGCAUGAACGUCCAUAUCAGGGUACAUGACAAGGAAGCGUUCUGGUAUGAGAUCGAUCAGAUAGUCACAAUCCCUGACUCGCCCACCCUGGAGCAACUUGACAAUACAUUGCGAAUGUUUAUCAACUUCUGCGCAGCGUAUCACGACAAGUAUCUACCCGGUGUUGUUGAGAUACACCAUGCCUUGGCUAUUCUUUUGGAGUCUGAGCUGUUUGUCUACUAUACCGAAAGAAUGGUCGGUAUCAUGAUGUCUGAUGCGCAAGAAAACACGAAUCCACACGACUUGUACAUUCUGUACUAUCUUAUUCUUUUCUACGGCCAAAGGCAUCCAAGCCUAUUUCGCUCCCAUCGACGAUGGAAAAAGUUGCUACCUACUUUGGGCGAGGUGGUCGGGCUGGACAUCGACGAGAGCUUCGUCCUUGGCCUUCCUCCAAUCGAAAUCCGCCUCCGGCUUCCCGCAACUUACCUUAUGUACGAGGUCGCCCGCGUACAGAAGCUCACCCCUUUGGAAUUGUCCACCUGUGACGAUCAAUUCAUCGAUCACUUGUUUGACCUUGUCGAGACUACAAGGGACCAGCAAGAUGAGCAUCUGAAUUAUGCUGUAAUAAGACUGAUUGUCGCGCUGAACGAGCAGUUCAUGGUGGCUUCUUUGCCGUCGAAACAUGGGGUGCAACCCCCGGCUGGAGCGGGCGCAAAAGAUCUCUUGUCGGCGUCAUUGUCGACAUCGCCGACAGCCAUGGCAGAAACUUCAGUCCCUGCAGGUGCCACUCGAAAUCACCAUAGAGCGCAGAGUGGGCUUGCAGCCGGGCGGGGGUACGCCCCAGAUCAAUCUGAAGACGCAAAGAAGAACAACAGGGUGUUGGUCGUGCUCAUGCGGAGAUUGGGUAGCAGCAAGACUUUUGGAGAGAACAUGAUCUUCAUGCUCAAUAGAGCUGAGAACACUCCCGAUGACUUGUGUAUGCAAUUGCUCAUCCUGAAAAUGAUAUAUCUAUUGUUCACAACGCCUGGCACGAGAGAAUACUUUUUCACGAACGAUCUCCGCGUUCUGUUGGAUGUGUUUAUCCGUGAACUCGUUGACUUGCCUGAAGAAUGUGAAGCUCUACGACACACCUAUCUCCGAGUUCUCUACCCACUACUGAAUCACACCCAAUUGAAAUCGGAUCUCUACAAACGUCCUCAGAUCAAACUCGUAUUGAAAAGCUUGAUCGCAAAUGCCCAUCUGAAGGAGAUUGAUCCUACUACGCGCAGGUUAGUCGAAAGAUGUUUGGAGGAGCCGAGAAAAAUGGAAAGAAGCUACAGCGCUGAAAACGUACCGACUGCUACUCGCCAAGACAGCGAAGCGUCGACCAUCUCGCUGCAUGCUAUAUCCACUGCUCUGCCUGAUGGUCGAUCCUCGACUAGAGCGGCUACACAGUCUUCGUACCCACCUUUAUCUGUUCAUCCCACUAAGCCCACUGCAAGUACCUCCAUUUACACCUCCCGCGACCCCGUCCGCCAAUCCUCUUUGAACGACGUUUCUUCGUCUCUCUCCGUGUCUGGCCGCGAACGCCCCUCCAGCGCCGCUUCAGGCUAUUCUAGUGCUGAUCCUGGCGCGACCCCGCCGAGGCGGAGGAGGGCACCUGCGCCACCGGCGAAGAAGCCACAGAGGUAUGACUCGAGCACGAGCUGGACCAGCUUUGAGUCUGAUGAUACGGCUGGGAUGAGUGAUGGAAGUGGGAUGGUAAUGAGCCCCAUAUCGGCUGGGGAAGGAGACUUGGUGACCGAAGGGCGAAAAGGGGUGCCGCCGCCCAUCAUUGAGGUUCAUCCUGCGCCCAGCCAGCCGCCGCCUGGCUGGAUCACCUUUUCCACUUGAAACAAUCUCACUCAAAACCGCCGACAUCUUUCCCGAUAACCAUCUUUUGCGACCACCACAUAACGAAAUUAUGUGCAGCAUGACAUAAUUCAUUGUCCACAAUAAUCAGUAUCAUGGGCUACUAGCAACUGUAAUACAUUCUUGGUGACCAGCAGGCUUUCAUGACUUCUGUAGCCUUCUUUGACCUCUCUCAGUUCACCUGUUCCAACAUCUUUUGUUCACACUCAUAUUCACGAUAGCUUAGACACAUAUGCAUAGCACAAGACGCCUACCCAAAAUGUAGCAAAGAAGCAGGUCGACAUGCAGUCAGUUGCAAACAG